AUCAUUUCUAAGUUUCAGCACAAACAGAAACGCGUCACAUUCCUGAGUUUCAAUCAACCUGGUUUCGAAAUCGGUUUCCAUUUCUAGGACAGAUUUCCGGCGUCAUCGCCUUCCUCUUUUAUACAAGGUGUGCUUCCCAAUCAAUCAGAGUUGGAGAUUCUUGAGAUGGGACAGAGUUGCCGCUACUGAGUUGAAUUAUCCUAAUUUAAAAUCUUGCUAGGUGGGAAGGUUUUAAGUAAGAUUUAAGUCACUUUUUUGCUACUUGAGAUUUGAUACAUAUUCUUGUCAUGGGAUGAGAAUGAUUUUCCUGUCCUUUUGUAUUUCUUGUGGUUUUGAUUGACAUUUGUGGAAUCAUCAUCAGUGUUAAGGAUUAUGUCUAUUUAAGUCAUGGUUGCUAAACUUCACUUGUCAGUUUUUGUGCAUAUCUUUUGGUUUUAUUUCUCCUUUAGCAGCAAUGUUCUCUAGGAGGAAGUUCAAUCAGUAAAAAUGCUGCUCUAAUGCUACGUGUUUUGAUUUCACUUGGUUCCUAGCUCUCUGUUUCCCAGGAUUAGUGGAGAAAUCAGUUUAUCUCAUUGCCAGUUACUUUACUCAAAUCUUGCUACUCGCAACUACCUUGACCAUCUGUAUUGAAAUCCACUUUAGUUUUCUGCUCAUAUGCUUGUUUCAUCUCUCUUCAGGAAACUAAUUAAUCUUUGGUAUUUUGAAGAUUAGCUGCCUAGGAGCAGCUGACAAACAAAUUCCACUUCACUUCAGAUAGGGUUCAUUGAAAUGGAUGGUCAUGGGCAACAUGAAAAUGGGAGGUAUAGGGUGGAUUACUGCAAAGGAGCACUCCCUCCAUGGAAUAUGAUGCCACCACAUCAAGUAAAGGAGCAAAAUAAUGCUCUGGUCAUGAACAAGAAAAUCAUGUCCAUAAUCAAUGAAAGAGAUGCAGCUAUUGUAGAACGGAAUAUAGCACUUGCUGAAAAGAAGGAAGCAUUGGCUGCACGAGAUGAGGCCCUCCAGCAGCGAGAUAGAGCACUUGCUGAGCGAGACUGUGCCUUAAUGGAGAGAGACAAAGCCUUAGCUUUGCUUCAAUACCGGGAAAAUAACUUCUCCAUGGGAAGUGGAAUGCAACGUGGAGCAAAGCGAAUGCACCACCCAACAUACCAUUCAACUGAUGUGGCUGAGACUCUGAACACAGGGGAGAUGCAAUUAACCAAUGCCCUUCCCAUGACCAUGACUACCUCUGAAGCAGUCAAGUCAUGUCAGGCAAAAGAAAAUAAGGCUUCUUUGAAGAAACAAAAGUCCCCAAGGAAUGCAAAGAAAGCAAGCAAGGAUUUAGAUCAGCACGCUGGUGGUGAUGUGAAGAAGUUCAGAUCCGACUGGGAUGGUCAAAAUAUGGGGUUGAAACUGGUCAAUUUUGAUGAUUCCACAAUGCCAGUACCAGUUUGCUCCUGCACAGGAGUUCCUCGACAAUGCUACAAAUGGGGAAGUGGUGGGUGGCAGUCUUCUUGUUGCACCACCACUCUGUCAUCAUACCCACUGCCACAGAUGCCAAACAAGCGCCAUGUGAGAGUGGGUGGCCGAAAGAUGAGUGGUAGUGUCUUUACAAAAUUGAUUAGUCGGCUGAGUUUUGAGGGCCACGAUUUAUCAGUACCUGUGGAUCUCAAGAACUUCUGGGCUAAACACGGGACGAACCGCUACAUCACCAUCAAGUAGCUUGUGAUGAAACCUGAAGAUGAAGCCUGUUUCCUCACUGAGCCUAGCCUAUGACUGUUCAGGUUUUAACCAUGGCCUAUAGCUUUGGUGGCAAUCAAUACUAAACCACAGGAGAGGAAAUGAUAGAGCUUGUUUGAAGGGAAGGUUUAUCAUUUGCUCCUCUGCUAUAUAGGAUUUAGGGCAUUGUAAUUUCCCCUACUUAGCUACCGAGUUAAUGCAUACUCGGCCAUAACAAAGCGGUAUUUUGUUUUGUUAAAUCAUCUAUGAUUACCAUUGCUCCUUGUGGAAUUUCUUAUUAAUCAACGAGCCCCUUGGUC